AUGCAGGCAGCAUCAAUGUUCAAAGGUCCUGUUCCUCCCAUUGUCCCCUUCUCUUUAGGUUCUCUGGGCUUCAUGACCCCAUUCUACAGUGAACAUUACAGAGAAUAUCUUAAUUCGAUACUUCGUGGUCCCAUAAGUAUCACACUACGGCACCGGUUGCAGUGCUUUGUUAUUCGAGAUGCAGCCAAAAAUGAAUGUGAGACUGAAGAACCAAUACUUGUUUUGAAUGAGGUUACAAUUGAUCGUGGCAUGUCAUCGUUCCUCACAAAUCUCGAGUGCUACUGUGACAAUUCCUUUGUGACCUGCGUACAAGGGGAUGGUCUGAUCUUAUCAACAACAUCUGGAAGCACUGCAUAUUCCCUGGCAGCUGGAGGAUCAAUGGUCCAUCCACAGGUUCCUGGCAUUCUGUUUACACCGAUUUGCCCACAUUCCUUAUCCUUUCGGCCUCUGAUAUUACCUGAGCAUGUGACACUUAGAGUGCAAGUACCCUUCAAUAGCAGAGGCGACGCCUGGGCAUCCUUCGAUGGGAAGGACAGAAAACAGUUAGCACCCGGGGAUGCUCUUGUGUGCAGCAUGGCACCUUGGCCUGUACCCACCGCGUGUCAAGUGGAUUCCACCAGUGACUUCUUGCACAGCAUUCAUGAAGGCCUCCACUGGAAUUUGAGGAAGACACAGUCUUUUGAUGGCCCUCGAGAUCCAUAA